AACGAGAAAAAGCGUCUCUACUCAAGGAAAGUUCUAGACAUUGAACAUGGAAAAUUUACAGCUUUGGUCUUCGCCACAACUGGCGGAAUGGGAAAGGAGUGCUUGAUGUAUCACAGCCGCUUAGCACAGCUAAUCGCCAUCAAAAAACUGAGGGGAGCAGUAUGUCAAAACCAUCUCACGGAGCAGAACCAGAACCUCAUUCGCACUCUUGAGAUAUGCGUUAGUUUGUCUUAGAGGCUCUAGAAAAAGGAGAGUGCCAUGUGCCAUCCAAUAGGACUAUUGAUGUGUUUCAUUUGCUUUUUCUUAUCGAUCUCUUAAUCUUUAGUUACGUCCUCUUAUAGGGAAAUUG